GGAACGUAAGGGACCUUCUUAAACCUUGGCGAAGUAGGGUUUUGCGUAUAAUCUCCGAGCUCAUCGUUGCGUCCAGUUUUACAAGUGCAAGAUUUGUGAGCUCCAGGGCGCUGCGAUGUCGCGGUACUUCCUUCGUAAACCACUUGCUGGUCUAUCUCCAGCAGUUACAGAAGGCCUGAGAUGGCGCCUCUUCGAUUGUAAAGGGGAGGUUUUGGGAAGACUCGCUUCACGGAUAGCUGUGGUGCUACAGGGCAAAGACAAGCCCACUUACACUCCUCAUGAAGAUAAGGGCGACAUAUGUGUUGUCGUGAAUGCGAAGGAUAUUACACUUACAGGAAACAAGUUAACCGAUAAAAAAUAUUAUUGGCACACAGGCUACAUAGGUCAUGUGAAGGAGAGGACUGUUAAGGAACAAAUGGUACGCGAUUCAACUGAGGUGCUUCGUAAAGCCGUCCACCGCAUGCUUCCCCGCAACAAGCUCCGAGAUGAUAGGAUGCUGAAGUUACGUAUAUUCCCUGAGGAAGAGCAUCCGUUUCCCCCCGAGCAGAUGGAUAAAUUUGAGAUGCCUCCACGCAAAGUGCGUGAGAUGCGUCCGCGAGCUCGUCGAGCUGCUCUCCGUGCUCAACCAAGCACGACAUCUCAAAAGGCUUAAAGUUGGGUAAUUGUUAACUUGCAGAUUGUACUCAAACUGCAGCUUAACCGACGUAGGAAUAAGAUCUUGCAAGAGUGUGUGACCUACUUCUUUGGAGAUUCUAACAUUGGCGGUCGUAAUUGUCUCGAUAUUCUCACUGAGGCACGAAUACAUAGCUAACCCAUAUUGAGUUAUAAAAAGAGUUUCCCUUUCGGUUGGCCUGUGGGAGUUCAACCUCUAGUGUACUGUCAUCAAAAAAAUUCAGGCUAUCAAGUCGAAAUGACUGUAGAUGUUCAUCUAUUCAGCAAUUGAGGACGACACAGAAGUGAGGGUGCUCUGAGCAUAUUUGUAUACCUUCUCUGGAGUUUCACCGCCAGCUGUUCAAAAGUACCUUGGGCAGGAACGCUAGUAGUCCACAAGUAGGUAGGGAGCUUCCAUAGACUUUUGAAGUAGGAGAAAUUGGACUAAUAGUAGAAAUGAGGUUAAAUCAACCAUCGUUGCGAGUGGUUAUUGUCCAGUAAACUCUUUUUAUACUGAAUGAAGAAUUUAGUGUCACAAAUUGAUGUCA